AUGACAAAGGAGGAAUAUGCCAAAAUGAAGCAGGAACUUGAAGCGGAAUAUCUUGCUGUUUUUAAGAAGACUGUGCAGGUUCAUGAAGUUUUUCUUCAACGACUCUCCUCCCACCCCAUGUUCAGAAAGGACAGAAACUUCCAGAUAUUCCUGGAAUACGACCAGGAUCUCACAGUGAGAAGGAAAAAUGCAAAGGAAAUGUUUGGUGGGUUCUUUAAGAACAUGGUAAAGAGUGCUGAUGAGGUCCUCAUCUCAGGGGUCAAGGAGGUUGAUGAGUUUUUUGAACAAGAGAAGAAUUUUCUGUUGGAUUAUUCCAGUAAAAUCAAAGAUGCCACUGCUAAGGCUGAGAAAAUGACACGUUCUCACAAAAAUGUUGCUGAUGAUUAUAACCACAUUUCUGGGGCUCUGAACAACAUUGCUGCAGACAACAACACUGCCUUUAAAAAGCACUUAGAAAAAUGUGCUGAAGUGUUUGAAAAGCUUAGGAAAGUGGAGGACAGGAUGGCAUCGGAUCAAGAACUCAAGCUGACAGAAUUGUUAAGAUACUACACAAGGGACAUCCAGGCUGCUAAGGACCUGUUGUAUAGACGUGCACGGGCACUUGCCGAUUAUGAGAAUUCCAAUAAAGCUCUUGACAAGGCUCGUCUGAAGGGUAAGGAUGUCGCACAGGCUGAGGAGAACCAGAAGCAGUGUCUGCAGAAGUUUGACAAGCUCUCCGAGUCUGGCAAGAAAGAGCUCACCAGCUUCAAGGCAAGGCGUGUAGUAGCCUUCCGUAAGAACUUGAUCGAGAUGACUGAGCUGGAAAUAAAACAUGCCAAGAACAGCGUGUCCCUUCUGCAGGGAAGCAUUGAGGUCCUCAAGAGCAACUGA